GCCAUACCUGAAACAUCACCAGAUCGUGCCGCAAUUCGAUCUCUUAUUUUAGUUCCAACUCGAGAACUCGCUGAACAAGUCACGAAACACAUUAAUGGAUUUCUAAUAUAUUGCUCUAAGGAAAUAAAAGUAGUCAAUAUAGCAAAUGCUACACCAGUGCAAUUGCAAAGGCCGAUUUUAUCAGAAUUACCUGAUAUAAUUGUUGCAACUCCUAGUCGUGCGUUAGCACAUCUUGAAUCGCAAAAUAUUGUUAUUUGCGACACACUUGAUUCACUUGUCAUUGAUGAAGUAGAUCUUGUGCUGUCAUAUGGAUAUGAAGAUGAUAUACAGAAAAUAUUGACUCAUUUACCAAAGAUUUUUCAAUGCUUUCUAAUGAGUGCAACUUUAACAAAGAACGUUGAGGAUUUGAAACAAUUAUUGUUGAGAAAUCCUGCUAUUUUGACAUUGCAUGAAGAUAAGGAUGAAAUCAAUCUUACACAAUAUUGUACGAAAAAUGUUGACAAAAAGCGUGAUAAACCCCAUUUACGGAAAAAAGACAAAGAAUAUGGAUCAUCCCGUGGUAUUGACUUCAUCAAUGUAACAGCAGUUAUAAACUUUGAUUUUCCAACGUCAACAAAAUCUUAUAUCCAUAGAGUGGGGCGAACUGCACGUGCUUCUCAAAAAGGAAUGAGUCUAAGUUUUGUUGUUCCAAAAGAACUUGCGGGAAAACACAAAUAUGUAUCAUGCUCAUCGGCAAAGCAUGAUGAAGAGGUAUAUGCUAGAGUAGAAAAACAACAAUCAUUAGCAGGUGCAACCUUAAGACCUUAUUUUUUCGAUAUGAAACAAGUGGAAGGAUUUCGAUAUCGUAUGGAAGAUGCAAUGAGGGCUGUUACGCGUGCUGCAAUUAAGGAAGCACGGUUGAGAGAUGUUAAGUCAGAAAUUUUAAAAUCAGAAACAUUGAAGGCACAUUUUGAAGAUAAUCCAAAUGAUUUAAAAGCACUUCGUCAUGACACAAUAAUUCAUCCUACACGUAUACAACAACAUAUGAAACAAAUACCACCUUAUCUCAUGCCAAAAAUUGCGGCACCUGCUGCUAACGCGUCAACAGAUCCAGACCAUAUAAAUGGAGAAUCAGCGAAAUCCAAUGAAUACAUUCCAUUUCGCAAAAAAUCUACAAACGAACGUCAUCAUGGCAAGAAGUUGUUCAAAAGCCACAAAUUUGGUCCAAAGAAACGUAAAAAUGAUCCACUGAAAACAUUUAAAUUUGAAUCUACACCAAGUAAAAAAAAGAAAACAUAA